AUGAAAGAAAUUCAAUUAAUUGAUGUUGAUUUUCCAAAUCCUAAUAAAACAACAGUUGAAGAAAUCGAACGAGGAAUUUCCUAUUUAAAAGACAAUUCUCGAUUUGUUCGUUUAAUUGCAAUUAUAAUCACAAUAUGUUUAACUUUAAUUUGGCCAUGGCCAAUGUAUGUUUCAUCAUAUGUAUUUAGUGAAACAUUUUUCACUUUUUGGAUUUGUUUGGGAAUCGUUUGGUUGUUGAUAUCAUUUAUUAUUGUUGGUGUUUAUCCAAUUAUGCAACACUAUCGAACGAUUAAAUCGAUUUUGAGUUUGAUUUAUUUUGAUAUCAAAGCAUUUAGAGAUCGAGAUUAA